UCGGUGCGGUUCUGGUGGUGUUGGUGUUGAUGUUGGGGGCGGCGGAUGUGGGGGCGACCUCCAUGCCGGGCGGCCUCAGCCCCGUGCCCACAGAUGACCCCGGGGUGGUGAACGCGAUGCGGGCAGCGGAGGAGUAUUUCAAUCGCAGAUCCAACGACGAGUUUUACUCCAUGGUGUCGAAUGUGACAUCGGCCGAAACAGAGGUGGUGGCGGGGUUCCUGUACUAUCUCACCCUGGAGCUGAGAACCACCGUCUGCAGGAAGAGUUCUCUUUCCCAGGACUGUCCCUUCCACGAGGAUCCUCAAUAUGCCAAGAUGUUGAGUUCCUCCAGCAUUUUGUGUUUCUGUGCGCGUUGCUUUGGAUUUCCAGCAUCUACUCCUUUCUCGUGUUUGCAAUGUCACAAAAAGACCAAGACGUAGGGAGAUUGCGAAUUUGGGGGCGGAAGCCCCG